UUCUUCGUGUGCGUGUAAGCUCAAAAAUAUUGAGAAAAGGAAAGAGUGGAACGAAAACUGCUCGGGGCCGGUGCUUGUUUUUUAUAGCCUCGAAACCGGUCCUUUUCGUAAUGGUGGCGCGGCACGAAGAGUUCGCGUAGUCUGCUCGUCACCUCAAAUCGGUUUUAAUCCUCCAACGUCUAGGCUCUUUGGUUGCAUAUUUCCACAGUACUGCAAAAUGUUAAGUCGGUAUAUUAUUUUACCCCUGCUUAUUGUGCCUCUGGUGACCAUAUUUCAUCAAAAUGGUGUGCCUUGUGCUAGAGCAGAAGAGGAGGAUGAGGUCAUGGUUGAAAACGACGCAGCAUCUGACUCUACGCAGCAAGAAGGCGCAGUCACUGAACAGGAUGAUGGUGAUGAGGGUGAUGACAGCUCAUCGGAUGGACCACUGAAACCUUCCCCUCAUGGCGAUACUUACAUGCUCUUCACAAAGCCUCAGAACUUUCAGUCAAAGUUGCCUGCUGGCAAGGAGGUACACUUUCUUGUGGGCUUCAGCAACAAGGGUGAUAAGGAAUUUGUGCUGGACACCAUGGAUGCUUCUUUUCGUUACCCAAUGGACUUCUCUUUUUACAUCCAAAACUUUACCACAAUUGGAUAUAACAAGGUGGUAAAACCAAAGCAGCAGGCUACCCUGUCUUACAGCUUCUUCGCCAGUGAGAGUUUCAGUGCUAGGCCAUUUGGCCUGGCAGUAAACCUCAGGUACAGAGAUGCAGAUGGCAAUGCUUACCAGGAUGCUGUCUUCAAUGAAACUGUUGAGGUUGUGGAAAUUGAUGAGGGACUUGAUGGAGAAACGUUCUUCUUAUAUAUGUUCUUGGCUACAUGCUUGGUACUCAUGCUGGUAGCUGGACAGCAGUUCCUGGGAACUCUUAGUAAAAAGAAGCCAGCCAGCAAGCAGAAAGUAGAGAUGGGCACUCAAAGUGCCAGUGAUGUCGACUACGAUUGGCUACCCAAGGAUAUAAAUCGAUCACCAAAGAGGUCACCACGCCAGUCACCAAGGUCUCGACGACUCAAGAGGGGCACUGGAUCUGGAGAGGAGUAGUGAGGUGUCAAAAAUGACUGUUGCCACUGACACUCGUGCUAAGCACCACAUCGCAUCGCAGACCCCUGUCGCAUCGUCACAUCAUCCGCCACAGGGAUAACCGCGGUUUGCUGAAAGAGGUCGUUUCCAGUCAUUCUUGUGGUAAUGGUGCUUUGUCACUUACUUUUUGGACCUGUUCUGAUUUUGUUGCAUUAAGAAUAGAAUUUUGGUCAUGGCACUGACUGGACGGCAAGGUGGCAGGAGACGGGAGCUGCGAUGGGCUGUGAUAGGCCUCUAUAAUAAAAUUUUUUUUUUUA